UUACCUUAUUACUUAUUAUUUUUUUUAUUUAAAAUGUGUAUAUAUUUUCGGCAUGCAGUUCAGUCUUCUUUUAUUUUAAACUUCACAAAUACAUAAAUAGAUAUUUCACAUGUCACUUCAACUUAAUUUUUGAAAACACUAUUGCUAUAGGUGUGUUUGCUUCAGCAUAUAUAACUUUGAAAAAUGGUAGCUUGCCCAAACUAAAGAAAGACAACUAUAAGUAUGGGGAACUCCCACACUCAUAAUCUAAUCCUACAACAAGAGCCAACAGAGACUGAUGAUGAUCAUAUCAAAUGUUGUAUAUGCAGUGAUGAAAUUUCUGAACCUUCUUUCAUCGAAUGCGAAUCAUGUGAUGAUUAUUACUCCCACAUAACAUGUGAAGAGUUCAUAUCAUCAUGUGAUGACCAAAUAAAUCACCCCUUCCAUCCUUCUCACCCACUUAAAUUAAGUACGGAUGAAUUUUACUUUAUUUGCAGCUCUUGUCACCAAAUCCACUUCUUCAAUCCAUGUUUCACUUGUGAUCAAUGUAACUUCUACAUCGACAUCAAAUGUUUUAGGAUGCCUCCUAUAACAUGUGAUGAUGAUCAAGAGCAUAUACAACAUGUCACACACCAACAUCCCAUGCCACUUCUAAGGCCGGAUGAGACUGAAGAUAUCGAAUGCUUCUCAUGUCGCGUGACAUGUUCGGGUGAAGGUGAAGCUUGUUAUGGCUGCAAACCUUGUAAAUAUUUCUUGCAUAAAUCAUGUGCACAAUUGCCACUACAAAUCCAACCUCAUUCUUGUCAUGAUCAAGAUCACCCUUUAUCCCUUUUUGUUGCUAGUAAAUUAUUCAUUACUUGCAAAAUUUGCUACAAGGACAACCUCUUAUUCACAUAUGGAUGUGGUGAGUGUGAUUUUCACCUAUGCAUAAAUUGUGCCACUACAGUGUUCCUACCCAUAUUCAAGUACAAAUAUCAUCACCAUCCUCUUUAUUUUGUGGAGAAAAUACACACUAAAAUCGACAAGUGUCAUAGCUACGAUUCAUAUUGUCAAAAUCCAAUGCUUCAAGGUUCUGUGGAAUUUAAAUAUACCACUUCAUCCAUAUUUUUGUGUAUGAAAUGUGAUUUUAAACUUCAUUUUCUGUGUGGUAUGUUACCAAGGAGUAUCAAAUAUGAGUAUCACAUACAUCCUCUCACUCUUACCGAUUUAGUUAUCGAAAAUGGGAAUGGAGAAUAUUGCUGUGAUAUAUGUGAAAGUGAAAGAGAACCACGAGUUUGUGUGUAUUACUGUGAAGAUUGUGUGUACAUUGCUCAUGUACAUUGUCUGGCUCCUCAGAUUAUCAAUAUAUUCAAGGGAGAUGUCAAAGAUGUGAAUUUGAAGAUGAUUGGUGAAGAUAUGUCGAAAUUCAUUCCUGUAGAUCAAUGUGAUAAUGUUGAGCAUGAAGAGAAAAAGAAUGGCAUGCCACAAUUGAACUUAAAGGAUUUGAUAUCUAAGUUAGAUGCAACUGAACUAAUGCCACAACUCAAACAUCAUCGUUACAAGGAAAGUAUUUUACAUAUGCUAGCAUAUUCGUAUUCCAAUGAAACUAAAGAUGAAAAUAUUGAUGAUAUUCUACUAUUUUCUAGCUUCACAGAAAGAAAAUUCAUGUCAGUUAUUUACAACGAGUUCCACAAAAACUAUUUGGAAAAGAAGAUUGACAUUGCAUCUAGUGAUUUAGAGUUGAAAUUGGUAGAUGUUGAAGGUUAUUUGAUACCUUUAAAUUAUGUCUUUGUUAUGAAAUACUUACUUCACAAAUAUGGGGAUAUUAGUCAGAUUUCAACUUCUUCUCCUACAUUAAAGAACAUAUGUUUUUUCUUCAUUUGUAAAGUCAUGAAGAAGAUGCAUUCUACUUUGCUCAUAGAUAUCACUAAAGAUCUUCUUCAACAAUGGUAUCGAUAUAUAUUAUUUUCGAAAGACUGUGCUCACUUUGAAGUGGAUUUUUUGAAUGUAAUUUUGAGGAAGAUCACAAGAUAUUUCUUCUAUCUCCAAGUAAGUAAGCUACUUGGCUCUGAAAUCCCAACAAUAGUAAAUGAAAAGAAAGCAAAGUUACAAAAAGAGAUGAAUGAAAAGAUGGAAAAGAUACAGAAGAAAAUUUCAAUGAACAAAGCAAGGCUUGAGAAGUGCAAAAAAUUUUGUGAAUAUAAUUCGAAAAAUGAGUUCAUGAAGAAGGGCUUGAAUAGAGUGAUGACAUCGAAGUGGAAGACUGCUGGCCAUGUAGGGUUUUGAUGGGAUUACAUUUUUUUGAUUUGAUAGAUGUCAUAGAAAUAUAUGAUUGGAUUUGUUUGUUUGGUUUGAAUUUAUAAGAGAGCUUUUAAUGUAUGGAUAUUUUUGUUCUGAAAAAAUGUGUGAAUAUAAAUGAUGAUAUUAUUAGCAUUUUAAAGUACACAAUGUACAAUAUCAUAAUAUAUGAGGUGGCACCUACAAAAUGGAGUGAUUUUCCAAUAUUACAUAUUAAGUUAUCAUUUUU